ACAAGGGCCUUCUGGAGGGGUCUGUGCGUGUUGGUGGUAAAGUCUUGGGCGCCAAUGUUCGCUACAUGCUGGGCUAUGUAGAUCAGGACGAUCAUCUCAUACGCACACUCACACCGAAGGUAGGUGACUCUAGUCAGGAGAGUCUAAUGUACUCCGCACGGCUGCGACUACCUGAUGCGGUGUCAGACGAAGUGGUCACUCGCGUAGUGGAGCAUGUCAUCAAGAGCCUCAACAUGGAAGCCUUUGCAGAUACUCUUAUAGGUGUGUGA